AUGUCCAUUGUGAAAAUAAUUAAUCACGAUGAAGUCAUUUAUACCAUCUUAGAUAAACCUCCGCCGGAACCACCGAAAACCCCUAGGUAUAUAUCUGAGUUGGAAGAGCAAUUAAAAGAGAUGAAAAUACCUAAGCUUCGACGAACAUUUGGAUACGCUGAAACACCACUCAAACCUCCUGAUAAAUUUCUAAAAAGAGGAGAAGGUGUUACUCCGCCCAUUAAAAAAUCAGAUCAUAAAUGUUUCGUAUCAGGCAAACUCCCUCCGGUUCCAAAACAUGCGCCGCUCAAUAAGAAACCUGAGAAACCUAAAACUAAUUUUAAAGUUCUAAAUAUCAGAAAAGCAAUUAAAACAAAACCAAAACCUAUAGAACCAAGGUUAGUAGAUACGAGGGAUGGGCACAUAAAAAAGAUAAAAGGAUCAGGAGAAGUCCCCGAAUAUUGUUUAAGAAAAGAUUUCGGCCAAAUGCCUGCAUACUUGGUUAAUAGGAACAGAAAAAUCCAGAAAGAACUAGAUAAAAUUCACUAUGCGGAAGAGCAUAAAGAGAGUCUUUGCAAGCUUAUUAGUGAAGAGGAGAGACAAGCCCUAUUAAAUGACUUAAAACACAAUUGGCAGCUGUUACAAAAGGCCUUUCUUCAGUUGCCCAUGUUAACAGAUACAAUUCCAAAGAUCCUGAAAAAAACAAAAAUGGAACAAGAACUACGUCAAUUGGAGAAGGAUAUUGCUCUUGUAGAAUCUAAUCCAUUCAUAUAUAUUUAUGAA